CGUCCGGGCCCGAGGGGCUCCCCGCGCACGCGCACUGGCGGCCCCGCGAUGGCGGCGCCCGAGGAGACGCUGAGGAGGCGGAAGGCGGGGAACUCGGGCCCCGAGCCUGAGACUCCGCCGGAGUCAGGGCGCGACCCCACAGGCUGCCCGGCCCGCCUCCGCACGGGCACUUUCUGGCUGACCAGGAUCGUGCUCCUGAGAGCCCUCGCUUUCAUUUACUUCGUGGCGUUCCUGGUGGCUCUGCACCAGAACAAGCAGCUGAUCGGCGACCGCGGCCUGCUGCCCUGCCGGGCGUACCUGGAGAGCGUCCGGCGGUACUUCCGGGGCCGGGGAGGCUGGGAGGCCGUGAGCUACGCGCCCACCGUGCUCUGGCUGCUGGACUGGUCGCACAUGAACGCCAACCUGGACGCCCUCGCCCUCCUCGGAUUGGGCGUCUCGUCUUUCGUCCUGGUCACCGGCUGUGCCAACGUGGUGCUCAUGGCCACUCUCUGGGUCCUCUACACGUCCCUGGUCAACGUGGGACAGAUCUGGUAUUCGUUUGGAUGGGAGUCCCAGCUUCUGGAAACAGGAUUCCUGGGAAUCUUCCUGUGCCCUCUUUGGACUUUGUCUCGACUGCCCACAGGGACCCCCCCUUCCCAGAUCGUUCUGUGGGGCUUUCGGUGGCUGAUUUUCAGAAUCAUGCUUGGAGCGGGCCUCAUCAAGAUCCGGGGGGACCGGUGCUGGCGGGACCUCACUUGCAUGGACUUCCACUAUGAGACGCAGCCGGUGCCCAACCCCAUGGCCUACCUCCUGCACCAGUCCCCCUGGUGGGCCCACCGCUUUGAGACGCUCAGCAACCACUUCCUGGAGCUCGUGGUGCCUUUCUUCAUCUUCCUUGGACGGCGGCUGUGCAUCCUCCACGGGGCCUUACAGAUCCUGUUUCAGGUGGUCCUCGUCAUCAGCGGGAACCUGAGCUUCCUGAACUGGCUGACCAUGGUGCCCAGCGUCGCCUGCUUCGAUGACGCCACUCUGGGGUUCUUGUUUCCCUCCGGGCCUGGGGGCCUCAAGGACCGAGUCCGGAAGAUGCAGGAAGAGGCAGCCCGAGGGGCCCGGCCCACCCUAAGAUACGGCUGCGUGGUGCGGCAGGCAGUGCACGUGGCACUAGGCAUCCUGGUGGCCUGGCUCAGUGUCCCCGUGGUCCUCAACCUGCUGAGUCCCACGCAGGUCAUGAACACCUCCUUCAACUCCCUGAGGAUCGUCAACACAUACGGCGCCUUCGGAAGCAUCACCAAGGAGCGCACGGAGGUCAUCCUGCAGGGCACGGCCAGCCCCAACGCCAGCGCGCCGGACGCCGUGUGGGAGGACUAUGGGUUCAAGUGCAAGCCGGGUGACCCGGGGCGGCGGCCGUGCCUCAUCUCUCCGUACCACUACCGCCUGGACUGGCUCAUGUGGUUCGCGGCCUUCCAGACCUAUGAGCACAACGAGUGGAUCAUUCACCUGGCAGGCAAGCUCCUGGCCAACGACAGGGAGGCUCUGUCCCUACUGGCCUUCAACCCGUUCAAGGACAGGGCCCCCCCCAGGUGGGUCCGGGGAGAGCACUACAGGUACAAGUUCAGCCGCCUGGGGGGCCGGCAUGCUGCGGCAGGCAGGUGGUGGGUCCGGAAGAGGAUCGGCCCCUACUUCCCCCCACUCAGCCUGCGAGACCUGGAGGGCUACUUCCGGUCCCGGGACUGGCCGCUCCCGGAGCUGGAGUAGAGCCGGUCCCGGGCCGGUGCGCGGAGGAAUAAAGCAGGAAGGCCCGGCUACCUG